AUGAAGCCCGUGCUUGUGCUCCUGGCGGUGGCGGCGACGGCGAGGGCCCAGUACGGCGGGUCCGUGGGCGCUGCCAGCUUCAGCUCUGCUUCUGCGGGCGGCUUCGGAAGCUCUGUGGGCGCCUUGGGAGUCUCCAACGGCUUCGGCAGCUCCGCGGGCGUGGGCUUCGGAAGGCCCGUGGGCGUGGGCGCCUUCGGGAGCUCCUCCGGCUUGGGCGGGUCGGCGGCGGCGGCCUCGUACGGGUCGGGCGGCUUCGGGUCGGGCGGCCCCAUCAUCUUCCCGACCGCCGGACGCCCGCCGGUCAACCUGCCCGUCAGACCCGGAGGAAGACCCGGAGGCCGACCCGGGCGGGACCCGUCGGGAGACCCGCUGGGCCCUUCCCCGUCAGGCCCGCGCCCGCCCUCGCGUCGCAGUACCCGAUCUGCUCCCGGCGUGGUGAGUGGGCUCAGUCUGUUGUGUUCAGGGACGCCUUCGGGCUCUAGGCGUGACCAGGGUAUUGUGGACCACCAGGCCCUCGGCAGCCGCUACCACUUCUCCUGGUGCCACGACGGCUUCAAGAACUACACGCAGGGCAAUGCCAUCCUCUACUGCACCAGCCUCGGACCCGGAUGGGACGGCGUCAGCAUUGAGACGCCGCAGGAGGAUCAGCUCCUGUCGCAGAUCGUCGGAGGCCAUAACUUGGCCUGGAUCUGGACAGCUGGCACGAAAGACAUCAACGGCGCGUUCCUGUGGCCCUCCAGAACCUAUGGCACAGUGCCACUCAACUACAACAACUGGAGCCAUACAGGAUUCGACGGCCAAAGGCAGCCUGACAACCGUGAAAAUAACGACGAGCGGUGUCUCGCUAUUCUGAACAAUUUCUACAACGAUGGCAUUAAAUGGCACGAUAUCGGCUGCCAUCAUCAGAAACCUAUUGUUUGUGAACAACACCUUUAGUGAACUUCUUUGAAUAUAUCUUUUGUUUGUUGUCUUUUCUCUUUUUUUCUUUUUUUUUUUUCUUCCCGUUUUCUGUCGUGUUCGUUGUUUUCCCGUUUUUUGUAAUUCGUGGUCUUCCCAUUUUCAACUUUCUCUCGUUUUCUUUCGUUCACUGGUUAACCUUCGUCCAUUUAUGAAUCAAAUCGAGAUAGUAAUUUAUUUGUUUAGUUAUAAUGAACCUUAUCAUUACCUUUUUUAUAUCAAAAAGCAAAUGGAAAAAGAUACUUUACAAUAGUGAUAUAUUUUCAUUUUUUUUAUGUAUACUCGCUAUCAAUAAAACAAAUAAUAUAG